AUGGUUGCCACUUUCGCUAUCACUGAACUCGUGAAUCUUUCAGGUGAGGAAUACAAUGACAACACUUUGGUUGGCGAGGAAGACUUGAGUUUUGGAAGCGAGCUUUUUGAUGACUCGCUGAGCUUUUUGGACGAGUCAUUUGCUGAGGAUAAAGAUCACAGUAGUAUUAGUUUUGACCUCCAUAAUAAUGUGUACCAAACCGAAAAUAACAGGUCCUUUGCUUCUGAGUUGAGCACCAGUGAAUCUUACUUUGAAGAUGCUAUCUUGGAUAGCUCAGUAAGCUGCGACACUUCCUUCACUGUGUCAAGUCCAGUUUAUGUUUCCUUAGAAGAAAUUGAUGCACUAUUCAACGACAAAGAGGUGGGACCUCUUGCCAGUGAGCAAUCUACGUCCUUUCCAAGCAUCUUGGAUAGUCAUGUCGGUAUUGUUCAAAGCUCUUCCAUCCAUGAGAUAAAUUCUCAGAGUGAUGAGUUUGCGUCUAAUUACAAAUUCGAUUUGGAUUUUGACAUUCAGGAACUUCAAGACCAGGAUCAGGUUGGAGAAUUGAGCGAGUUACCUCAAGAAAUUGUUCUCAAUGCGAAUAUUCCUCAUGAUAAUAUUGUGAAUGAGUCCGCUCUCGUUAAGCCGACAAGAACCAUCAAAAGAGCGAAAAGACCAAAGCCCCAGUUUGCUGUAUCUGCCUCUUUGUUUCAUAGGAUCAACAAUUAUUGGUCAUUAAUAUCCCAGAACAACAAAUAUUUGAGCACCCUGUCAGCUGCGGUAAACAAAUGGGCAAGUCCGACUGUGGUUCCUCUUCAGGCUGAGCAGUUUAUCAACAACGUUGUUCCUGCAUUACUACCAAACUACGUAAACAUCAACUUUUUCAAGGAUGUUCAAGGCAAAAAGGGUUGGUACUAUGAAGAUAACAAGAAGCGUCAGGGAGGUCCUCUUGCUCUGAGAUGGUGUGGCCAAGAGCUGAAUUUUUACGAUCCGUUCAUUAUCAGGUAUCAAGUUGAUGAAACAGGAAAACAAACUAACAAACAGGCUUUGUGCCCCUACUGUCCAGUGGAAACGGAUAUGGACUUGGAUAACAUUUUCCACACUACACAAGAUUCAUUGUACAUGCACCAUGUGUGUAAGGACCACGGUGUUUACAGCACGGGUUAUGAGAUGUCUCCUCCGUUACUCGCCUUUGAGAACGGGACGCCGGUUGCAUUCUGCACAGAAUGUGAGGAAACAUGCAAGAUUGUUGGUCUUGGGUCCGGUGUCGACAAUUGUAUGAUAAGUUACUUCAGACAUGCUUUUAUUUCCCAUAAUAAGAAAAAACAAAAAAGAACACGUGAACAAAAGCAAUCAGACCAUGUCUUCUUCAAUGGUGCCAGAAAACACCAUAUAUAUGAAAAUUUUGAAACUAAUAUAAAUUGUUUUGAGUCUAAACCAGGAAGAGUCAUUGCUAGUGAGCCUGAGGAUCUUUUGGAUGAGAAGUAUUUGGAUGAUGUCAUCAUGGAGGAUUCGAUGCUGGAGAUCGACGAAAUGAGUGACGCAGAUACCAGUACUCAGCUCGUCGAGCAAAACUGGAACCUCUAG